UCUGGUAAAAUUAGAGCGAGAAAGGGAUGGUAAAUUUGAUAGAGGUGAUUGAAUAUGGCCGCGAUGACGAGCCUCGCUCUCCAGACCCAGAGAAACAGCAGACACGCUCCGACGCGCAAUGGAAGUAAACAAAACGGACGGCGAUAAAGUCGAAAUUGAAGAUCAGAAGGAGGACGCUGAUUACGACGAUGAAGAAGAUGAUAAUGACGACGAUGACGACGACGAUGAAGAAGAAGAGGAUGACGACGGCGACGAAGAUGAUGAUGAAGAGGACGAUGGAGAAGACGAUAACGAUGGAGAUGAAGGAGACAAAGAAAACAAGCGGAAGUUCUUUCUUCAAGAUCUCAAACUUUUCGAUUGCUCCAAUUGCCACAAAAGACUUUUCAACACUGUCUAUAUGGUAUGUAUCUUUAUACUUAUUCCUUUUUUCUUUGUUACGAGGUUUUGAAA